GACAUACACGGCCAAUACUACGACCUGCUGCGGCUGUUCGAGUACGGCGGGCACCCACCGGAGGCCAACUACCUAUUUCUGGGCGAUUACGUGGAUCGUGGUAAACAAUCAUUGGAGACCAUAUGCCUGCUCAUGGCUUACAAAAUAAAGUACCCUGAAAACUUUUUCCUAUUACGGGGCAAUCACGAGGCGGCGUCAGUCAACCGCAUCUAUGGCUUUUACGAUGAAUGCAAACGCCGGUAUAACAUAAAGCUAUGGAAAACAUUCAUCGAUUGUUUCAAUUGCCUUCCGGUGGCCGCCAUCGUUGACGAGCGUAUAUUUUGCUGUCACGGAGGGCUCAGCCCCGACCUCCAGUCCAUGGAGCAGAUCCGGCGCCUACACCGGCCCACAGACGUGCCCGACUCGGGCCUCAUGUGCGACCUGUUGUGGUCGGACCCGGAAACUGAGUGCAAGGGUUGGGCCGAGAAUGAAAGGGGCGCCGGCUUUGCCUUUGGCUCCGAAAUUGUGGCCAAGUUUUUGCAUAAACACGAUAUGGAUCUAAUUGUGCGAGCUCAUCAGGUUGUAGAGGACGGUUACGAGUUUUUCGCCAGACGCCAAUUGGUCACAAUAUUCUCGGCGCCCAACUAUUGCGGUGAGUUUGACAACGCGGCUGCGCUCAUGUCGGUCGACGAGUCACUCAUGUGCUCGUUUCAGGUCAGUUACUGA